AUGGACCACGACGCCAAGCCGAGCCACCCCCUUCCCGCGGAGGCUGACAGGCCCUACGCGCCCCACGACGUCCUCGACGAGACGGCCAAGACCGCCGCGGUCGGCCUCGGAAGCGGCCUCUUCCUCGCCGCGAUCCGCAACGCCAUGUCCCGGCGCAACGUUGGCGCCUUUGCAGUCUUUACCCGCGGCGCCCCCGUCAUUGGAAUCUGCGCCGCUGCACCCGCCGCCUACGCCUUCUUCUCUCGGACCACGAUGAACCUGCGCGAAAAGGAGGAUGCUUGGGCCGCCGCCUUUGGUGGCUUCAUGUGCGGCGGCGUGCUCGGCCUCCCUUCUAGGAAGAUGCCUGUUGUGCUGGGCCUCGGCGGUGCCGUCGGCCUGGUCCAGGGCGCGCUGUACUUCCUCGGCGGCCGAAUCGACUCGUUCAAGAAGGAAUCCGAUGAAUUCGAGCGAAAGGAGAUACUUAGACGGAUGACGCGCUUGCCUGUAGAGCAAACCGUAGCUGAGAUUGGCGAAGGACGAGGCAUUCAUCCUCCUGGCUAUGAGGAGCGAAGACGCGAGCGUAUCAAGCAGACGUACGGAUUUGAAGUCAACCCUGUCAAGGCAACGGUCGAGGGCAGCCAUUAA